AUGUGCCUUCUGCAGAGUGACGUCCUUUUUAUUUAUUUUUUUCUUUUACCUUUUUUUUCUCUGCAGGUAAUUUUUGUCCUAUUCUGCCACAUGAUCUUCGACAAAUUGCCCUUGGCGCCGCACUUAACCGCGGACACCGCUCUGCAGGACACGGUGGAGAGUGUCCUGGCGAGCUCCCACAGUCUUCUCAACAACGCGCGGCGUCUCAGUGACGCUGGCUUCAAUGGCCCGCAGUCUCUUGGGGAGGAGCUUCUUGUUGGGCGGGAGGAUCGUGCGGCGUCGAAUUCCGCCGUCUCCGAGUCUUUUGGCCUUACCGUCGGCGCCUUCCACACCAAACUUGAAGAGUGUCGCGAUUUGCUGCGCAGGGUCGAUAGCGAGCGCCGGUUUUUCCGUGAGAGGGCGCUGGAAAUGCAGCAGGCACUUGAAGAGGAGGGCAAAGAACGAAAGCAUCUGCGCGCACAGAUCGCCGAGUCGCAGCGGGAACUGCGGAAGGCACAACGGCAAGCCAGGGAGGCCCAGACGAAGACGCGCGAUAUGGAAUUGGCCUUGGCGGCCGCAACGGAGGAGCAGAUGCGCAUGCGCCGGUUUUUGCGUGCAUUGCCGGUUGAGAAGGAAAACCUCCUCCUCCUGGUGCCGGAUCGGCGCUUUGAAGAGGCCUUUCGCGACAAAAUGUCUGCGAUAAAGUACAAGCGUCGCUACGAUCGCGCACGAGAGUUGCACGAACGACGGUCAGAGGAUGUAGAGAGAAAACUAAUGUUAAUGGAGGACAAAUUUGUGGAGACACCGCAGGAUGAAUUGGCGUCCAGUCUUGCCAACACCCAGCACUUCAAUUCCAUUUCGUUGCUGAGCACGUCAACAUUGCCGCGACUUUCUAACAGCUUCUCGGUUUCUCAGCUGGCGCCAACCGGUGCUGUGAGGGAUUUUUUACAUUUUCCGUUUCAGUUGCCCUUUUCUCACGUCACGGCGAAGGAUGGUUACAUCGACACGCGGAUCCAGAGGUCGGCGUACAAGGAGCCAUUGAGGGGCCUCCGUGAGGAUCUUUUUUGGUUGAGCCAUCGCCUCAAACGAACGCAGGACGUGGGACUGUGUAACUUGUAUAAUGUGGUACUCGAGUCUCUUCAAGGCAGCGGCAAUUCCUCGGCACCCGUUAUGUUUGGUCCCAAAAAGGCGUUUGAGGUGGCAAUGGAGAAAUUACAAAAGUCACACCGUGAAUUGCUGUACCAACUGGUCGAGGUGGUGAACUCCUCUGUGACCCAGUUGUUGGAAAAUGAGUCUCGGGUUACCGUGAAGCCCACCGUUUCGAGGCGUGACGUCGGGUGCAGUGUGUACAGUGCGCCUCCCAUGG